UCAGCUAGAGAUAUCAUAACCACUAACAACUUCUUACAAGAUGGGGGAAGGGAUACUCUUAUUUCAGCAGGAGAAAAAUUUGAACUAGGAUUUUUCACUCCUAAUGGAAGCUCUAGCGGUAGAAGAUACGUGGGAAUAUGGUACUAUGGGUUAACACCACAAACAGUUGUGUGGGUUGCUAACCGAGACAACCCACUUCCUGAUUCUUGGGGUGCUUUUGCCAUUGCAGAAGAUGGGAAUCUCAGGGUUUUGGACAAGAGUGGGAAAUCAUACUGGGGCACUAGUGUUGAAAGAUCAUCUUCACAGAACAGGACAGUGAAGCUAAUGGACAACGGGAACCUUAUUUUAAGUGAAGAAGAAGGACAUGCUGUGAAGAUUCUGUGGCAGAGUUUUGCUAAUCCAACAGAUACAUUUCUUCCAGGGAUGAAAAUGGAUGAGAGUUUAGCAUUAACUUCAUGGAGAAGUUAUGAAGACCCAACACCAGGGAACUUCUCUUUUGAGCAAGAUCAGGGAGAGAACCAGUAUAUCAUAUGGAAGAGAUCAAUGAGAUAUUGGAAAAGCAGUGUAUUAGGUAAAUUUGUUGGAACUGGUGAGAUGUCUUCAGCAAUAUCUUACUUGUUGUCAAAUUUCACCUUGAGAAUAUCCCCAAACAACACUGUUCCCUUUCUCACUUCAUCUCUAUAUAGUGACACAAGGUUGGUAAUGACUUACUGGGGUCAACUUCAGUAUAAGAAGAUGGAUACAGAGAAAAAAUGGUUGUUAGUUUGGGUAGAGCCUAGAGAUAGAUGCAGUGUGUUUAAUGCAUGUGGAAACUUUGGUAGCUGUAAUAGCAAGUAUGAUUCUAUGUGCAAGUGUUUGCCUGGGUUUAAGCCUAAUUCCCAAGAGAGUUGGAAUGCUGGAGAUUUUUCAGGUGGAUGUAGCAGGAAAACAAAUGUAUGUAGUGAGGAUGCCAACAGUGACACGUUUUUGAGCUUAAAAAUGAUGAAAGUAGGGAACCCGGAUGCUCAAUUUAAUGCUAAGAAUGAAGAGGAAUGCAAGUCAGAGUGCCUCAACAAUUGCCAGUGCUGUGCUUAUUCAUAUGAAGACACUGAAAAGACAAGGCAGGGGAAUGUUGGUGAUGCUGUUUGCUGGAUUUGGUCUGAGGAUUUGAACAAUCUAGAAGAAGAGUAUGAUGAUGGUUGUGACCUGAAUGUUCGCGUGGCAUUUUCUGAUAUAGAAUCCAGUAGGAGCAGUUGUGGGACUUGUGGCACAAACUUCAUUCCAUAUCCUCUUAGCACAAGACCAAAUUGUGGUGACCCCAUAUACUCCAGUUUUCACUGCAACAUUUCCACUGGUGAGCUUGACUUUGAGACUACUGGGGGCACCUAUCAAGUGAUAAGCAUAAACCCAGAAACACAAAAGUUUUUGAUCCACAUAAAAAAUGUAGUUAACUGUGAUGGUCAAAACUCAAUGAACAAGCUUCUACUUCUCAACCAGUCAUCUCCAUUUCAUCUUACUGGCAAUUGCCAUGCUGAUCCAACCACCUUUAGUUCUAAUGCUCCCCUGAAACAUGGAGUAGAAAUAGAAUUAAGUUGGGAGAUUCCAUUAGAGCCGAUUUGUUCAUCAUUGUUGGACUGCAUGGACUGGCCAAAUUCAACUUGCAAUGCUACCACUAAUGGGAAGAAGAGAUGCCUUUGCAAUGCAAACUUUCUUUGGGAUGGCUUCGAAUUAAGUUGUGUUUUAGAAGGCAAUAAUAGCUACAAAACAGAAAGGCAUAUGUCAUUACAUAAUAUCCUUGUAGUCACUUUUACAACUGUGGUUGUCUUAAUUCUUCUCUCAAGUACUGCUAUAUGUAUUCACUUGCAGCAAAAGAGACAGGCCAAAACACAGGGUAACUUAAACUCUGGGAUGAACUUGUAUGGCAGUGAGAGAUAUGUCAGAGACUUUAUUGAAUCUGGUAGGUUGAAAGAAGAUGAUGCACAGGCCAUAGAUAUUCCACAUUUUCAUUUGGAAACCAUACUUGAAGCAACUAAUGACUUUGCAAAUGCAAACAAGCUUGGACAAGGGGGUUUUGGUCCAGUCUACAAGGGUAAGUUUCCUGGAGGACAAGAAAUAGCAGUAAAGAGACUUUCAAGUUGUUCUGGACAAGGUUUAGAAGAGUUCAAAAAUGAAGUUGUGUUGAUUGCCAAGCUUCAACAUCGAAACUUGGUUAGACUUCUGGGUUACUGUGUGGAAGGAGAUGAAAAGAUGCUAGUAUAUGAAUAUAUGCCAAACAGAAGCUUGGAUGCUUUCAUUUUUGACCGGAAGCAGUGUGUUCUAUUAGAUUGGGAUAUGCGGUUCAAGAUUAUUUUGGGGAUUGCUCGAGGGCUCCUUUACCUACAUGAAGAUUCUAGGUUGAGGAUUAUUCAUAGAGACAUGAAAACAAGUAAUAUUCUACUAGAUGAAGAGAAGAAUCCAAAAAUCUCAGACUUUGGCUUAGCAAGGAUAUUUGGAGGAAAAGAGACAGUAGGGAACACAGACAGAGUGGUUGGAACUUAUGGAUACAUGUCUCCGGAGUAUGCACUUGAUGGACAUUUUUCAGUCAAGUCAGAUGUAUUUAGCUUUGGUGUGGUGGUACUUGAGAUUAUUAGUGGAAAAAGGAACACUGGAUUUUAUCAAGCAGAAAAUGAAUUGAGUCUUCUAGGAUAUGCAUGGCAUUUGUGGAAAGUAGGCAAGGCAUUUGACUUCAUGGACAGGACACUAUAUGAAACAUGCAAAGCAGAUGAAUGCUUGAAAUGUGUGAAUGUGGGUCUUUUAUGCUUACAAGAAGAUCCAAAUGAACGUCCCAACAUGUCAAAUGUGGUUUUCAUGCUUGGCAGUGAAUCUAAUACUCUUCCAAGUCCUAAGGAACCAGCCUUUGUUAUCAGGAGAUGCCCUUCAAGCAGAGCGUCUAGCUCAAGUAAAGUGGAAACUUUUUCACGUAAUGAAUUGACAGUCACUUUAGAAAAUGGCAGGUAG